UAAACAAGAUGGCGGACACCAUAUGACAGGUGCUCUUGUGUUCGCCUAACAGAAAACCGAGAGUGUGUUUACCACAGAUAAAAUGGAUACUGUCAUUUAUCAUUUAAACGAGAAUUAAAAGCGACAAUUGUGUUUGCUUUUGUCACUGAAAGUCUUAACCAUGGGGUCGACAGAGCUGUACUUCUUUGAGCAGCAUGAUACGCGGAAAUUUUCCAGGCGGUACCGCAAACUGCCUGAGGAGUUACCUGAAAGUCUCAGGUUUGCUCACCUGAAUCCUAAAGUUGCUGCUUUGUUAGCAAGCAAAGAGCGAGCGGCCAAAAUGGAUAGUGAAGAUCCAUUUGGAGAUGGACUGGGCAAGAAAAGUCUAUUACCAGACAUAAAUGCUGCUUUCACAAAUGUUAGGAACCAGUUUGAUAGUGCGCUAUGUAACGAUGAAGACUCUCAAAGGUAUUUAUUUGAAGAGGCAAAAAUGUCUGCAACAAAUAUAUUACAUCAGUUGUCUCAAAUUAUUUAUCGUUAUGAGGAGUUGCAUAAACACAUUCCUAAAAGUUUAGAGUAUCAUCUAAUGUCAGGUUAUAAUGAAUUUACUGCUGACACAGUUGUUGUGCCUAGAGAAUGGCAAACUCAGGAAAUGAAGGAACAAUAUGUUGCGAAACUUGCGCAUGAAAAUGCCCCAAGUGAGGAUGAGGUAACUUCUGACAAUGAAAUGUUAACGGGACGAUCAAAGUCCCGGAUGGGCACAGACCGAUCAAGUAGUGAUUUAAAGACAAAUUUAAAGCGUAACAAGGCUAUGUUGGGUUCUAUAGAAACUAUAAAUGAGAUUGAAGUAACCAGAGCAGAUUUGAAACCUGGAAGAAGGAGUGAGAGCCGUAUGUCCUCAACGUCUAUGAUGAGACAACAUCUUGGAGUAGAGACUGCCAGUCGAGCAGGCAGCAGGCGAAAGGGAUCUAGUGCUCAUUCAGUGAAAAGUUUCUCGGGUCCAUCACCCAGCGUCAUAAGGGGUCGUCGUGACAACGACCUUUUCUCCUUAAUAGGGGAGACUCUCGAUGCUCGCUCAACCACCCUUGGCAAUCCGAUGAACUCCUUUUAUCAAACCAUCAACUUCCAACUCUCAAACCCUUCAUUCGAAGAAAAAGGUUGGAUCAUGCUGAAAGGACGCCAGGAGGAGGUUGACCAAAAUCAGAUCCUCCAGUACUGUGUACAGCGCCUCCAGGAGUCUCUCAAAGACAUAGCUGAACAGAAGGCUAAAGAAGUGGACCAGGGUAACGACAAGCCGGUCUUUGUGCGUUACUAUGGCGACACAAAGAAGGAGACGCUUCUCAAGUACCGCAAGUCUCCAGUGAAAUCAAGCGUUAACCCCAUAUCUAGGGGAGGCAAGCCAAAGAUCCCUAGCAUUUCAGACGAGAGGAAUGAGGGGAGGAAACUCAUGCAAGCUCAGCAUAACGAUGGAACAACAGUAGUCUACUAUCCGUCAGGCCGCCCCGCUGUAAUCUUCACUGGGGCAGGGUUUGGUCGCCCUGGAUAUUACACCAUUGUCUAUGAGGAUGGCCUGGAUUCUCGCAUGAUUGCUUGCUUCACUCCCAGUGGCAGAGGGGUUUGUCACUAUGCCAACGGAGUUGUCAGAUUUCUGUCAACAGAGAAGGGUGGCCAUAUUGCUACAGAGGAUGGCAAGAUAGUGCAGAAAUGGAAAUGGCCACAGACAAAUGUGAAAAUAACCGAGCCAAUCAAUGUUCAGGUGAACAACCAUGUAAUGUUCCGGUGCGUGGGCCUCUCUCAGAUGUCCCUGGUGUUCAGCUGUCAGAAGGAGGUGGCCCGGUUCACAGUGGGGCUCACUCCAGAGGCAGAGCUGCGAGGGAUAGAGGAUGGCCAUAAAAGAAUAUGGGACCAGCUGUUAACAGCCUUCACAUUCUCAUCGAAGGCAGCCAAAGAUCUCAUGCGGAUAUUCGCACCUAACAAGAAGUCCAAGAAGAAAGCUAGGAAGAAAUUGAAAAAAAGCUUGGAAGAGGAUAGCUCAUCACCGAAACAAGUAAAGUUUGAUGAUACCCCAUCAAAAGUUGCAAUCAAUGAAGAUAAUGAAACAGAAGUUAGUGGUUCAAACUUUAAAAUAGGCAUAACGAGGAGAAGACACACUGUCAGUGCUAAUGGUAGAAUACCUUAUACUGGGAGAGAUUUAUUGGCUAGGAGAAGGUACGCUGUCAGCGCUGAUUGUAGAUCGCCUAAGACUGGACAAGAUCUAUUGGCUGUGUCUGGAAGUGACAAUAAGAAUUGGAGAAGGCAAUCAGCAAGUGCUGCAUUAGAAACAAAAUCUUCAGACGCAAGUUUCUAUAGGAAAUCAAAUUUUUCAUUAUCGCCAACGCAUUCAAAUGAAAAGGCGAGAAAUCAAAAUUUGCUUAGACAUAACUCAAGCAGAAUAAUUGAAGAGGAAAGUAUUUCUGAUUUCACUUCAGUAAAGUCAAAAGCUGAGAAUGUUAAAAAAAUGGUUUCAAAAUCAAACAUAGAACAACACAGCGAAAAAAAAACUAGACACAUGGAUAAAGGUGAACAUGAAAUUAAAGCUAAUAAAAGGGCCAAGUCAGCAAAACCGUUUUUGGUCAGCGACUCUUUGGCCUACUCGAAAAAAAUUGAGAGAAAGCCUGUUGAAAAACCCAAACCCAAACCAGAAAUUUCUAAAGAGAGUAAUCUGGUUAUACAAUUGGAGGCCUACCCUGAGCGAUGGAUGUAUAGAAAAGCUGAACGAGAGAAUGAACGCUCCUCUGAGAUCUCUAGAAGACCAAAGAUGAAAAAGAGUCCUAAGGUUGCACAACUCGUGAACAAAUUGUUUCAUGCAAAACUUGCUGGAAAACAUGCUGCAAUACACUCUGCAAAGGAGAGAUCAAGUGAUAAAAUGACUGACUGUUCUGAUAGACGACGAUCGCAAUCAGCUCAAGUGUACUCCAACUACGAUGGCUUCAAUGGAACCCAAGGCAAUUUAUCAAGUGUUGCUGACCCUGAUAUUGAUUUGUUCAGUAACUCUAGUCAUGAUUUGUCAAGUGGAGAAAAUGCCGCACCAUGUCAUGAUAAUAGAUCAGAUUGUGAAGACUCCAGCAUGCUGAAGCAAUGUCAGCAAAAAAGACAAAAUUCCAUAACUGUUGGUUCCACUUCAAAGAUUCCUAAUUGUACAGAUCAUGCUGAAUUGCGUAAUUCUGGUGAAGAAACAGGCUCAAGUAACAUGUUAUGUUCUAUAGGAACAGAUUCAAAACAGAAAAGAAUGGCUAGAAAAUUGACACCAAAAAUGUCAAAGAUUCCCAAAAUGAUAAUCACAAAUGAAUUGGGAAAAGUUAUUGAAGAAAUAAAAAAUGUUAAAAUAAAUGAUGAAAACAAAGAAAUAACACAAAAGACAAUUUCAAAGCAGGAAAUUGCAGAGGAAAUAUCUCUCUUAAGCUUUUCAGAUCAACAGGUUAAUAUUGAAAUAAGAGACACACACAAAAGCAAAAGUGAUCUGUCACAACAGUCUUUUAUGAAUGCUGAUGAAAUUAAAUUACCUCAAAAGUUUGACAUGUUUAGAGCAGCAAAAAGGAUGUCAAUGCAAAUGAAUGAUAAUGAAGAGAACAAGGCUGACGAUCAAAGUAACCAGAGGUCAAAAGGUCGUAAAAUGUCAUCAGUGAUGAAAAGCAUAAUGGAAUACAGGAAGACUGUGUUAGCAAAGAAAGGGAUAAUCCUAGAAACUGAUGAUGAAGACAGCAGCAGUGACAAUGAUUCUGAUACGCACACUUCCAAGAGCCAGUCAGCAGAGAUUCUGAAACUCCUACAGGAUUUCCCAGACAAAGUCACAUAUGAAAUAGAGGCUGACAAGGAACUAGCAAAACUGCAGAGGAAGGCAAGGAUUCUGGUGGAUGACUGGAUGGAGCACUACCGUAUAGCCGUGGGUCUUGUGUCACCGACCCUACUGAGCGUGCGGGACACCCCAACGUAUAGCAUCCACGCGCGUAAUGUGAAGUCAGCACGACACUCAGACCACCAGCUGUUGAUACGACGCGCAGUGCUAGGGGUUGCUGACGAUCAGCUCUCACCCAGGAAGAAGAUGAGGAUACCAUCUGCUCCACUUGCUGGCCUGGGUGGUGAGAUAGACGAGGACCUGGCCAGUCGUCUUGCGGCCCAGCAUCAGCCACACGAUGUUUAUGAUGACGAGCCUGAAUCUGGGGCAGGGGACGAGGCCAUCUCUCCCAGCGCGAUGGUCAUCAUCAACAGGAUGACUGAAAAUGCCAGCAGAAGGUCAGCGAAAUCCCGAGCCUCAACUGCCAAAAGUGUAUCACCGUCUCGACAGCACACAGUUAUAACCGCGGCCGACCAAGACUUGGCUGGCGCAACUGCUCCAGGCAGGAGUCACUGCCCACUUGUGAUUCGCCAGCAGAAACUUGGGUACGAGCGACCGCAGUGUCGCUGCAGUCGACACUAUAUCCCGAAUAUGAUGGAUCUGGAGUUGGAUGACUUCGUAGACACGGAGUGUCCGGAGGGACAGCUUAUUGUCAUCAUGGUUGUUUCCUCACUUAAAAACAUAAGGGGUCAACAGGCAGGAGAAGUGGAGUAUAGUUUCUAUUUCAAUAAGAAAGGGCAACCAUUUCGAAGGGUAUUCCCUGGCAUAACGAAGGCAGAGGAGAUGGUAAACGAGAUCUACCAGAAUCAGAACCGCAACCGGACACGGCCUUGCGUGCAGAGUCGCUCAGACAUGUUCCGUGUCUUUAAAUAUGACAUCAACUCUGCAGCCGAGAUGUCUGACCACACGCAGCCCUUCCUGCUGACCAGGCACAAUGUUGUGCCAGGAAUGUUUUUGAUAUUCUGUGAUGGGAAGCUCCUGUUUUGUGACCACAUUUUUAACGGCUAUGGCAACACUCGCAAGGACUUUAAGAAACAGAUCAUGAAGUCACGCCAUGAUGCCAUCAAUGGAUUUUCCUUGCCAAAAGACUUUAGAUUCAGCCCCAGCAAGGGCAAGAGUGGUAUGAGGUCAGCAUGGGGCGGGGAGAUAGGUGGGGCGGGCGUGGACAAGUACAGCAGCCCGGGGACUGUAGUGGACACCACCCUCCAGCCCAUACACAGGCCCAACUCUAACUCUACUGCCGAGAGUAGGGAAAUACAUCUGGACGCUGUCAAGCUACAGGAAGCGUGCUUUAUCAGCAUGAGUCUGUCCACGACUGGAUUUCAGCCAGCUUCCCGGCAUCUGCAGUCCAGUCGUACUCACAUCCCUCCAGUAUGAACAAGACUUGUUAAGUGUUAGCGAAGCGGACUCACUCUGGCUCCAUUGCAGCUGAAUAUUCAAACUUAUACUUACAGAUGGUUUAACCCUAUCUCACUCAGAUACACAUGUUGACCUAUGUGCAGUCUCUUACAAAAUCCAAUCAAAUUAAAAUCCUUUCUAAAUAUAUUUAAUUUUUUAAGGAUAAUUUCCAACUCUAAAAUACUGAUGAGCAGCAAACAGCAUGAAACCUGAACAGACUGUGAGCUACUGUCAGACUGUUCUUGUUUUAUGCUGUUUGCAUAGAGCCAUUUUCACUUUGCUUCUGAGCGGGGUACGAUUAAAGCACUGCACUCAUAGUGACAGACACUCGAUCAGCACAUUUCCGUGCAGCUGGAUAUUUGAAUCCUACUCUAAGACAUAUUAAAAAUGCAUGUGAUAAAAUUUACUUGUGAUAAAUAGAUAUUCUGCUAUUAAAUUCUAAGAUGGGAAAAGACACUUUUAACUCUGAACUCAAAAGCAUAGUUACUGUAGAAUAUAAUACUGUCAUUGUAGAAAAACUAGAUGACAUAUCUGGAUAUCUAAAAACAACUGCCAUUUAACCAUUAAUCUUGUCACUAUACAUUGCAUAUUUGUGUCUUGUUCUGAGAAAAAUUGGACUUAAUGCAUGUGUGUAAAGUGUCGUCCCAGAUUAGCCUGUGCAGUCGGCAGACUGCACAGGCUAAUCUGGGAUGACACUUUACGCAUCCUAGACUAGCCUGUGCAGUCUGCGGACUGCACAGGCUAAUCUGGGACGACACUUUACGCACAUGCAUUAAGCCCAGUUUUCUCAGAACAAGACUCAUUUUAUCUCAACCAUUAGAAUUGCACAUCAAUGGUAUAUGAUACUUCUGUUGCUGUUAUUUAUUUGAGGAACAUAUAUUAUUCAUUUAUUUAUCCUUACAUUUUUUGAGAAUGAUUUCUGUAAUAUUAGGAACUUUGGAACCAAAUGCUUUAUUACUUUACCAUUUUCAUUCACUGGUGUAAUCUUGUUGAAGGGGAUUUCAUGGAGUGACUGUGCUUUGGUCACAUGACUUAAGUUAAGGUCAUGUGACUUUUUUUUAAACUAUAGUAUUAUGUUCAUAGGAACAGUAGAUAUUUGUUUAACCUGACUUGUAUGAUCCUCUUUGGCUCAGUUUGAAGAGCAGUGAAAAUAGAGGAACAUAUUUUUAGGGUACAGUAAAUUUUCUAAUAAACGUCCCUGGAAUGUACUUUCUUUAUGAGGUUGCCAGUUAAUAUAAGUCAAUUAAUUCGCUAUCAUGUCAUAUAAGUAAUUUUUGUAAAAUUAUCCUAUUUUUGAAAAAUGAUAUUAGAGUAUUUUAAGGACUUCAGGGAAAUGACACCAUCUUAUUCAUACUGUAGAGUGUUGAGGAAGUUGUGGUAGGGUGGGGGGUAUUUGUUAGUGAUUACACAGUAAUUCUUUCAACAAAAGAAAAUAUGAACUUAAAAAAAUCUUGUUUGAUUUUUAUACCUCCUCUUGAAAUUGUUAUCCUAAAAAAGACAAUUAUUUUUAUGUUUGUGCCAUAUGUACACAAAAUAACACAUGUAAUCCACAUAUAUAUAUAUAUAUAUUGUAUAUAUAUUGUUUUUGGCCUGUCUCUUUCAAAACUUUAACCUUGGUUAAAGUUUGAUAACUUUUGCAAUGUUGAAGAUAGCAACUUCAUAUUUGGCAUGCAUGUGUAUCUCAUGGAGCUGCACAUUUUGAGUGGUGAAAAGUCAAGGUCAAUGUCAUCCUUCAAGGUCAAAGGUCAAAUAUCAUAGUAUUUUUCUUUCCUAAAACUUUACCUUCGUUAAAGUUUGGUCAUAACUUUUUUAAUAUUGAAGAUAGCAGCUUUUUGGCCUGUCUGUUUCAAAACUUUAACCUUGGUUAAAGUUUGAUAACUUUUGCAAUGUUGAAGAUAGCAACUUCAUAAUUAUUUGGCAUGCAUGUGUAUCUCAUGGAGCUGCACAUUUUGAGUGGUGAAAAGUCAAAGUCAAUGUCAUCCUUCAAGGUCGAAGGUCAAAUAUCAUAGUAUUUUUCUUUCCUAAAACUUUACCCUUCGUUAAAGUUUGGUCAUAACUUUUUGAAUAUUGAAGAUAGCAGCUUGAUAUUUGGCAUGCAUGUAUAUCUCAUGAAGCUGCAAAUUUUGAGUGGUGAAAGGUCAAAGUCAUCCUUCAAGGUCAAAAGUCAAAAAAUACAAUCUAAGGGAAGUAAUAAGCUUUAAAAGGGAGAUAAUUUCUAAACCUGCCAAAUGAUAUAUUGAAAUUUUAUUUCAAAACGGCGCAAUAGGGGGCAGGUCGGGCUACCGUAACCUCGUGAAGAGGCCAGUAGGACCUGUAAAUAAACUCUGAAACACACACACAGGGCAUUGUGUUUCUGACAAACACAUCUCUUGUUUGUUAAUUAAUUUGAGCUCUUAAGAUCCCAUGUUUUUAAGCUAUCAAAUUAAGACUUAUAAUAAAAAGCUUAAAACAAACGCAACAAAUCUGAGUAAAUAAGUUAUAAUGGGAAUGAGUAUUUAAGUAAAUGUAUAGCUGAUAAAGUUGUAUUAAAUGUGUGGAUUAAUUGAACCUGUGAUACUGUAGGCUCAGAUUUGAUGCUCCAUUUUGAACUCACAGGAAAUAUAUUGCAUAAUUCAUCAAUUAUUAUUUCACUGUAAUAAGAACAAUAUGUAUUAUACAAAUUUCUAAAAUAACCUACUAUUUUGGAGAAAUUUAAACGGAGAAACGUGUGUAUGUGCCUUGAACAAAAUAUAUGCCUUCACCUUAUAAUGCAUGUAUGAUUUUUGUUUUGAAUAUGAAAAAAAGGAUGAUUUUUUUAGAUGUUUUUUUAUGCCCCCCUUUGAAGAAGAGAGGGUAUAUUGUUUUGCACAUGUCGGUCUGUCGCUCGGUCGGUCGGUCCGUCCACCAGAUGGUUUCCGGAUGAUAACUCAAGAACGCUUAGGCCUAGGAUCAUGACACUUCAUAGGUACAUUGAUCAUGACUGUCAGAUGACCCCUAUAGAUUUUCAGGUCACUAGGUCAAAGGUCAAGGUCACAGUGACUCGAAAUAGUAAAAUGGUUUCCGGAUGAUAACUCAAGAAUGCUUAGGCCUAGGAUCAUGAAAUUUCAUAGGUACAUUGAUCAUGACUGGCAGAAGACCCCUAUUGAUUUUCAGGUCACUAGGUCAAAGGUCAAGGUCACAGUGACUCGAAAUAGUAAAAUGGUUUCCGGAUGAUAACUCAAGAAUGCUUAGGCCUAGGAUCAUGAAACUUCAUAGGUACAUUGAUCAUGACUCGAAAAUGACCCCUAUUGAUUUUCAGGUCACUAGGUCUAAGGUCAAGGUCACAGUGACUCGAAACAGUAAAAUGGUUUCCGGAUGAUAACUCAAGAAUGCUUACGCCUAGGAUAAUGAAACUUCAUAGAAAUAUUGAUCAUGACUGGCAGAUGACCCCUAUUGAUUUUCAGGUCAUUAGGUUAAAGGUCAAGGUCACAGUGACUCAAAAUACUAAAAUGGUUUCCAGAUGAUAACUCAAGAAUAGUAACACCAAGGACCAUGAAACUUCAUUGGUACAUUGAUCAUGACUGGCAGAUGACCCCUAUUAAUUUUCAGGUCACUACGUCAAAGGUCAAGGUCACAGUGACUCGAAACAGUAAAAUGGUUUCCUGAUGAUAACUUAAGAAUAAUCAGGCCUAGGAUCAUGAAACUUCAUAGGUACAUUGAUCAUGACUGGCAGAUGACCCCUAUUGAUUUUCAGGUCACUAGGUCAAAGGUCAAGGUCACAGUGACAAAAAACAUAUUCACACAAUGGCUGCCACUACAACUGACAGCCCAUAUGGGGAGCAUGCAUGUUUUACAAACAACCCUUGUUUAAAUUAUGUAUAAUAUGGUUUGGCCAUUUAUACCAUGUGCACUGAAGAAGUUGCUUUUGCCUUUGAAGGUGCAUCAGAAUUACCAUUUGUGAUAUGUACAGUCCUUAUGCAUAUGUUAAUUAUCUUGUUUGCAUUUUUAAACCAUAUACAAUGCUGAAUAAAUAUGAUUUUGAA